AUGGCGAUCAACGAAAAAUCACUUAGUGUUUUAAUGUUUCCAUGGUUGGGACAUGGACACGUCUCUCCUUUUCUCGAAUUAGCUAAAAAGCUUGUUACGAGAAACUUCAUUAUUUUCUUGUGUUCGACUCCAGCUAAUCUCAAGUCUAUUAAACAAAAGCUCAUUAACGAAAACUUGACCCAAAAAAUUCACCUUAUUGAAAUUCAUCUUCCUUGUCUUACUGACCUUCCUCCUCAUUACCACACCACCAAUGGCCUCCCACCCCACCUCAUGUCCACACUCAAGAAGGCGUUCGCGAUGUCUCGUCCAAUUUUCACUCAAAUCCUCAAUGCCAUUGAGCCUGAUUUGCUUCUUUAUGAUUUACUUCAACCAUGGGCUCCAAAGGUGGCUGCUGAGAAGAAUAUCCCAUCAGUUUGUUUUGUCACAAGUAGUGCCACCAUGUUUUCAUACAUGUUCCACAAUUUUCAAAACCCUAACUUGGUAUUUCCUUAUCCCUCUAUUUAUUAUCGCGAUUAUGAGUUAGCGCGUAUGAUAAAAAAUAAAGAUUUGGAGUCUAUAGAGCAACAAAAAAAAGAUGAUACUAGUGUCAAGUUGUGCUUCAAGAGGUCUUCUAACAUUGUUUUGAUUAAGGGUUUUAAGGAACUUGAUGGUAAAUAUUGUGACUAUAUAUCUAGUUUGACUAAUAAAAGAGUUGUUCCUGUUGGUCCACUUGUUCAAGAACCUACAAGUGAUGUUGACAAUUCACUAAUCCUAAAAUGGUUGAAUCAAAAGUCAAAAGGUUCAACUGUUUUUGUUUCUUUUGGGAGUGAAUAUUUUUUGUCACAAGAGGAUAGGGAGGAAAUUGCACAUGGGCUUGAGCAAAGUAGGGUUAAUUUCGUAUGGGUUGUGAGGUUUCCAAAAGGUGAGAAGCUCAAACUUGAACAAGCAUUGCCACUUGGGUUUUUCAAGAAAGUAGGUGAGAGGGGGAUGGUAGUUGAAGAUUGGGCCCCACAAGCAAAAAUAUUAGCACACCCUAAUAUCGGCGGAUUCGUGAGUCACUGUGGAUGGAAUUCUGUUAUGGAAAGCAUGAAGAUUGGUGUCCCAAUAAUUGCUAUGCCAAUGCACCUUGAUCAACCAUUGAAUGCUAGGCUUGUGGAAGAAGUAGGUGUUGGUUUGGAAGUUGUUAGGGACAAAAAUGGAAAACUUGAAAGAGAAACAAUAAGUCAAGUUAUCAACAAGGUUGUUUUGGGCAAAGAGGGAGAACCCAUAAGGGCCAAAGCAAAGAAGAUGAGUGCCACUUUAGGAGUCAAAGGUGAUGAAGAGAUUGAUGAUGUUGUACAAGAAUUGGUCAAGCUUUGCAAGAAAUCAAAAUCCAUAAGGUGUUUUAAUUUGUUCUAA